UAAAAUUUUCAAAUUUUACUUUUAUUGAAAUACAACUUGUUUUUAUAAAUGAGUUAAAAAUCAGAUAUUACUAAUUUACUUUAAUUAUAGUUGUAGGAAAUCAAAGAUCAUAAGCACGAAUGCCAGGAUAAAGAAUGCAAGGUAUCUAUUGAAAUAAUUUAGUCUGUAGUAGAUUGCAUUAUUGAAGAUCUAUCAGAGGAGAAUAGAGAUUGGACUGAAAGUGAUAUUAAUGAUUGGAAAUCAACAUUAGAUAAUUAAGGAUUAUGCGAUAAAGCUAUGGAUAUAUUCUAAUUUAUUUUAGAUUGCUUGUACAAAUCUAAAUCAUUUGUAGCUAACUAAUCUAAUUUUGAAGAAACUUCGUCAUAAACAUUAAAUAAUAAAUCGUAGAUAACGAAUUCAACUAAUGAUACAACUAAUUAAGUUGAUAAUUUCUUCUAGACUUAAAUUGAUGAAAGCUGUUAAAGUGAAGCCAUAAGGAAAAGAGAAAUUUAAAAAAAGAUUUAAGAAUUAGAAGAAUCCAUAGAAAUGAAAUAAAGGAUUAUAAAUGAUACAGAAAAUUAGAUUUAAUAGAAAUUAGAUGAGAAUUAUAAAACUUCAGAAGAAAAUGAUGGAUGGGUUUAAUUUGAGUAAGAAAAAAUUUCUUACUUGAAGGAAAAAUCAGAAGUUUUAAACCAACUUGAAGAUGUUUUUCUAGAAAUAGAUGCAAUUUAAGAAUUGGUUUAAAUCAGAGAAGAAAUAAAAAGUUGUAUUGAAAACUACGACUUUAAUAAAAUAUAGAGCUUAUAAAAAAACCUAGAUUAGAGGCUUAAGAAUUACACUUUUAUAAUUGAAGACAUAAGAAAUAUUUUAUAAGUGAUUGAAAAUUGGGAACACAAAUACCCUUUAUGCACAGACAAAAGUGUAGGAUUAUUUAUAGAUAUCGAAAAAGACAACUAGUAUUUAAAUCAAAUGCUUAAGCAAGUUAAUAAUGUCUAUAAUGACUAAAUGUUAAAAGAGUUAGAAGGUUUACAUGAUGUGUUAUCAGAAUUAGAGUAACUUAAAAUAUAAAAUGAUAAUAAAAAUAACAAUAACAAUAAAUGA